AUGCCGACGGUGUACCCGGCCACCGCUAUAGAAAUAGACCGGCUAGACAGCCAAAUUACCUCUGUCAUUCUCAAUAUCAAUAUAUUGAGCGCUCGUCCUGUACAGGAACAGAGGCACUCGAAGACGCCGGCAGCGAUGGAUAUGGCUAUGCGCAGCUCUCACGAUCCCACGGAGGCUGCCGACCUCUUCACUGUGCCUGUCCAGGAUGCUCCCCUUGGCUCUGAGGAGGUUGCCCACCCUGGCGAUGACCUUGAGCGGACCCAGCACAUUUUCCCAGUCUGUCUGCCCUGCCUGACCUACCAUUAUAUCUUUUCUAAGCCUAGCUCCCCCAAGCCUACUGAUGGUGACUCGACCAUGGUCGAUGCCCCCAAGUCCCCUACCCCUGUUCAAGUUCGACGCUGCACUCGCUGA